AUGACCGCAGACGUGAACUCAGAUGUUGUGCGAUCUAGAAUUGAAGAUUUAUGCCCUAUCCUCGAUCAAAUCCAGGACAACACUCGAUCAGCUUCAUUCAGCAUCGGCGUCCUUCACCACGGAGAAGUAAUCUUCACUCGCAGCCGCGGGUUUCGCGACGUGGAGUCAGAAGCGCCCGCUGAUAAUGAGACGAAUUACCUGCUAUGCUCACUUACGAAAGCUUUCACCGCUGCCUGCUGCGGCAUCCUUGAUGAAGGAAAGCUAGAGUGGACAAAGCCGUUAGAGAGUUAUAUCCCUUUCCGCAGUGUUGUGGAUCCUGUUAUUGGCGAAAGAGCGACUGUUCAAGAUGCACUCUCACAUAAUACUGGGCUAGCGCAUAUGGACCUUACAUGGCUGGGGGUAGAAUGUGACUGCAUCCUUGACGAGAAAGACUUGCUCGAGGUUGUAAGCCAUCUCCCUCCGGUCCAUGAUCUCCGAAGCAGAUUUCAUUACAACAACUACAUGUAUGCCGUGGCUGGUUUAUUAAUUGAGCAACAGUCUGGUCGGCCGUGGUACGAGCUUCUAAAGGAGAGAAUCUUAGAACCCCUCGCAAUGCAUCGAACUGUCACAAAUCGAACAAAGUUACCGGAUGACAACGUCGCAGAACCUCAUGUUGUGCUUGAUGACUACUCGCUACACAGGCAAAAGCCAUUUAACACAGCCGCUGAUAAUACUCUCAUGGGACCGGCUGGAGGUAUCUGGUCCAAUGUAUCAGAUAUGAUGAAAUGGGCCAAAGCGCUCCUCGACGCGAUUCACCGCGAGCCUUCGUUCCUCAAAGAGGUACCGACCAUCAUAUCACACAAAGCCAACAUCACGACAUCCUCUAUCAGCGAGAAUACAUACGGCUUUGGGUUCGCUCGCGCCAUGAUUCCAUCAACAGAGCUAGGAAUGCUUUCUCUCAAUGGCCCACAGCGAGAACACGUAAUCGGUCGAACGUCAAGACCUAGACUUGUUCUGUAUCAUAAUGGUGGUAUGUCGGGAUACCUGACGGCGUUCUACCUGUUUCCAGAGACAAAUUCGGCUAUAGUGGCAUUGGGGAAUUCUCAUGGCUUGGGAGAUGGACCAGAUUGGUCUGUGCAAGCUGUUGCGCAGGCCAUGUUCGACCUUCAGCCGCCGAUCGACUUUGCUGAAGUAUCAAAACAGAGAGCUAUGACAGAAUAUGAGCGAUAUGCUCGUCUAGCAGCAGACUUUGAGUAUUUUCGGAAUGAGGAGCGGAGUAAAGAAAAGCGGUCUAAUGUUAAUCUCGAGGGUUAUGUGGGCAAGUACGCCAAUUCAGGGUUGAAGAUGACGCUGGAUAUCAUACAUUACAAAAGUAAAAGCUUGAUUAUGGUUGUCAAUAAUAUCUCGCCACAGCACCAUCGGUUGACUCACUUUGCUGGGGACAUGCUGGGAUUUCUUCCAUCUUCACGGGAAGUCUUUGUCGUUCGGGAAUUCAUUGAUUGGUUCAAAUGGAAUCAGUUUGUCCUCAACUUUCAUCGUCAUGAAGAGUUGGGGACCGUGAAUGGAGUUAAUUGGGCUAUGCAAGUCGGCAUUACGCCAGUGUACUUUAAGAGGGUUUCCCUACAGGAAGAAUGA